AAUACUAAUUGAUUACUUAUAUUGGGUAUUGUGUUGAAUGGGAACAGUAUGUCAAUGGUUAGGAGUCACUUACUUAACAGAAGCACACUUUCCAGUGCUAUCAUUGGUGUCGUUCCCAAAGAGAUCGCCACAAACACUUCCAACACUUCCACCCCUGAAGACGAUAGCAAAUAUGACGACAAUGGCAUGCAUUCAAUCGGUUGCGCGGGUAUUGUGGUUCAGGUGACCGGAACCAAUUGGCCCCGACCUUCGUAUACACUUCUGGUGACCGGAUUGUGUCGAUUCAAACUCGAAACCAUAGUUCUUGAGUCACCCUAUUUGGUAGGUUUGGUGCAGCAGUUGGAUAAACUUCCCGUCCAUGACAUCGAAAUAAAUGAAGAAAAUGUUGAGCUCUCAGACCUUAAGGAGCAGUUUCGAGAGCAGGCCUCCAGACUCAUAGAUAUGCUGGACCUGUCUGUGCCAGCGGUGGGUAAACUCAAGCGUCUACUCAACUCACUUCCGGUACAAAGUUUACCCGAUGUUUGUGCGGCUAUUGUGAGGGCUUCUCACGCCGAAAGACUACAGGUUUUAGAUUCUGUUGAUUUGGCCGAACGGUUCCGCAAAACACUUCCACUUCUUAUUCGACAAAUUGAAGGUCUUCAACUGCUUCAAAAGGCUAAAAAGGACGGCACCCUCGCGACCCAAACCCUUCAAAUGGAUAAAUUGGCGGACAUUGGACGCCAUAAUCGCAUUGAUGUAGAGGACGAAGAUGUGGACGACUCGGAUGACAUCGCUUCGAUUGAGCGCAGAAUAAAAUCUGCAGAAAUGUCUGAAUUGGCGCGAAAGGUGGCGAUGAAAGAGUUGUCGAGACUUAAGAAAAUGCCCACUCAUAUCCCGGAUCACGCGAUUGUACGCAACUAUUUGGAACUGAUGACAGACUUGCCGUGGAAUAAGACAUCACCAGAAUUACUAGAUCUGAAGAAAUCGCGACAAGACUUAGAUUCAGAUCAUUACGGUUUAGAGAAAUUAAAGCAAAGAGUUUUGGAAUAUUUAGCGGUCCGUCAACUGAAGAAUUCACUGAAAGGACCCAUUCUUUGCUUUGUAGGACCGCCCGGCGUCGGUAAGACAAGUGUCGGCCGAUCUAUUGCUAGAUCUUUGGGUCGAGAAUUUCAUCGAAUAUCAUUGGGAGGAGCGUGUGAUCAGGCGGACAUUAGGGGUCAUCGGCGGACAUACAUCGGCUCAAUGCCCGGACGUAUAAUUCAAGGCUUGAAGACUGUUGGUGUGAAAAAUCCCGUGUUUUUAUUGGACGAAAUCGACAAAAUGGGGUCCGGCAUUCAUGGAGAUCCGGCCUCUGCUUUGCUGGAAGUGUUAGAUCCGGAGCAGAAUUGCUCUUUUACUGACCACUAUCUCAACGUUCCCUUCGACUUAUCUCAAGUGCUAUUCAUAGCGACAGCUAACACGACGAGUACAAUACCGGCCGCUCUAUUGGACAGAAUGGAAGUGCUUUCACUACCCGGUUAUACACACGAAGAGAAGCUACACAUCGGUAGACAUCAUUUGGUGCACAAACAGCUUGAAGAGCACGGACUCACACCCGAGACAUUGGUUAUGGCGGACGACGCUUUGGCGGCACUCAUAUCGAAGUACACUCGAGAGGCAGGCGUUCGUAAUUUGGAGCGAAAGAUAGGCGCGGUUUGCAGGGCUGUGGCCGUCAAAGUUGUUGAACACAAUCGUCUCAAUAAUAGUGGUCUCGAAAGCCAUCAAACCAUUGAAACGAAUGAACCAAACGAAGUGCAAACCAUUGAUGCUAUAAUGAACUCCGAAAAGUUGCCGAUUAUUGUCAACGAAUCGACUGUUGAGGACAUAUUAGGUCCGCCCCUCUAUGAGAAUGAAUUGGCCGCUAGACUAGCAUUGCCAGGGAUUUCUGUGGGUAUGGCGUGGACUACAGUCGGCGGUGAAAUAAUGUUUGUCGAGGCGACCAAAAUGGAAGGGGACGGACAGCUUAUACUUACGGGUCAAUUGGGAGAUGUGAUGAAGGAAUCGGCCAAAUUGGCCCUCAAUUGGGUUCGCACUCAUAUUAAUCAUUAUCUAAGCCAUGGACUCCUCCCCAUGACAGACAUUAUGGAAGGAACCGAUGUUCACAUUCAUUUUCCUGCCGGUGCUGUUGGAAAGGACGGCCCAUCAGCCGGUGUGACAAUUGUCACGGCUUUGGUAUCACUAUUUUUAGGGAAAGUUGUUUCAUCUGAUGUUGCGAUGACUGGAGAGAUAACAUUGAGAGGCCUUGUUUUGCCCGUCGGUGGCAUCAAAAGCAAAGUAUUAGCCGCACAUCGCGCCGGCAUUCGGAGAGUUAUUUUGCCCAAAAGAAAUGAAAAGGAUUUGAAAGAAAUCCCGACGACUAUACAGGCUGAAAUGUAUUUUCAUUUCGUUUCACAUAUCGAUGAAGUCAUUGAAUUGGCAUUUGAUGGACAAAUCACUCCAUUAAAUAGUCUUUCAAAUGGAGGACAACUGGAGAGCAAACUUUGAUUUGAUAUUUACUGUUCAAAUAGACAAAUAGACUCAUAUUAUUAAAUUGAUGUGUAUUCUGUGAUAAUACUUGUGACUUGUUUUUAAUUUUUUACUUUAGUUUUAGGAUUUAAUUCAAUUAUGUUUGCAAAC